UCUCUCUCUCUCUCUCUCUCUCUCUCUCUCUCUCUCUCUCUCUCUCUUUUCUCUCUGUCUGCUAUUCCUUGCAGGAACUUGCAGGGGUUGGGAGGGCGUAGAAGAGCGAUCAAGGAUCCCCAGUUUUGCAAAUCGCUAUCGUUAAGGCUUUUUUGAAAUUUAUUUUUAAAAAAAAUAUUGAAAGAGGACAGGGGGAAAGAAGGGAGGAGAGAUCCGAGGAGGAACGACGGAGACGGGCGGCGGAUAUUUUUUUCUUUUCUGGAAUCCAAACUUUGGCAACGGCGAGCCGCGUGGGGGGAGGGGAAAACGGAAGCUGCAUUCUCUCUCUCUCUCUCUCUCUCUCUCUCUCUCUCUCUCUCUCUCUCUCUCUCUCUCUCUCUCUCUCCAACUUUUAGCGCUGCGAGGAGCCUGAUUAGAAACAAGAGGCUUCCCCCCCGAUUCACAAUUUCUCCUCUCCCUCUCAUUCACGCGCACACAAACACACUCCACCUUUACAGAAGCUUUCGGCGGGGCGUUGAAUAUAAGGAGGGGGGAAGCAUAAGAAAGAGCGGAAGGGAAAAAAACCUUCCGAUCUCCACGUUUGCAAGAGACCCACCAGAGAAAGAAGGUGACUUCUUCUUUUUCGAGGCGUUCCUUUUCCCUGCACGACCGAACCCUCCUUUCCUCCGUCGCCUUCCCCAGAAGUAGCGGCGAAAUCUGGCCGAAGUCCUUGCUGCUGCUGCUUUCUCCACCGCCACCCCUUCCUCUUUCGAAACCGACCAUUCUUAACAUUAUAAUUCAAUCCUUGUGAAAAAGCUAUCGCUGAGGAGGAGGAGGAGGAAGAAGAGGAGGAGGAGGAGAAGGAGCUUCCCAGCCAGGCGCAAAGACACCCUGGCGGGUUCCGGGUGACAAGAUGCCUCCUGCUUUCGACUCGGGCGCUGGGACUCUCUGGUGACUCGCCUAUGUCACUCUCCGGCACCCGCCGCCCUGGUCGCUCGCCUCCUCUUCGGACGGCCCUCUCGCCUUCCUCUCUCUCUCCUCCUCCUCCUCCUCUUCCUCCCUUUCCCUCCUUCUCUCCUUCUUCUGGGAAUCGUGGCCCGACGAUGAGCUCGUAAGGGCCGCGCGCUCCAGGAUCCAGGACUGCGUCCGGGCAGGCCGCUGGGAGCGAGGCAAGCUGUUGGAUGAAUCUCUCCAUGAGAGAGCCCGUGAUUCCUGGGACCAGCAUGGCUUACCACCCCUUCCUACCUCACCGGGCGCCGGACUUCGCCAUGAGCGCCGUCUUGGGUCACCAGCCGCCUUUCUUCCCGGCUCUGGCGUUGCCCCCCAACGGGGCCGCCGCCCUCUCUCUGCCGGGGGCUCUGGCCAAGCCCAUCAUGGAUCAGUUAGUCGGGGCGACGGACUCCGGGAUGCCUUUCUCGUCUCUGGGACACCAAGCCGCGGCUCACCUGAGGCCUUUGAAAACCUUGGAGCCGGAGGAAGAGGUGGAGGACGACCCCAAAGUCCACCUGGAAGCCAAGGAACUCUGGGAUCAGUUCCACAAGCGGGGCACCGAGAUGGUAAUCACAAAGUCAGGAAGGAGAAUGUUUCCACCCUUUAAAGUGAGGUGUACUGGCCUGGAUAAGAAGGCCAAAUAUAUUUUGUUGAUGGACAUAGUGGCGGCUGACGAUUGUAGAUAUAAAUUCCACAAUUCCCGGUGGAUGGUGGCCGGGAAAGCCGACCCUGAAAUGCCAAAGAGAAUGUAUAUCCAUCCAGAUAGCCCGGCGACCGGAGAACAGUGGAUGUCUAAAGUCGUGACUUUCCACAAACUUAAACUGACUAAUAACAUUUCAGACAAACACGGAUUUACCAUAUUGAACUCCAUGCACAAGUACCAGCCUCGGUUCCACAUCGUCCGGGCCAAUGAUAUUCUGAAACUGCCUUACAGCACCUUCCGCACUUACGUUUUCCCCGAGACAGAAUUCAUUGCGGUGACUGCGUAUCAGAACGAUAAGAUAACUCAGUUAAAGAUCGACAACAACCCGUUUGCCAAAGGCUUUCGAGACACAGGGAAUGGGAGACGAGAGAAAAGGAAGCAACUGACCCUCCAGUCCAUGCGAGUCUAUGAUGAGAGGCAGAAGAAAGAAAAUGGGACUUCGGACGAGUCCUCAAGUGAGCAGACAGCUUUCAAAUGCUUUGCCCAGUCAACCUCCCCUGCAGUAUCCACUGUGGGCACAUCUAAUCUCAAAGAUCUGUGUCCCAGCGAGGGGGAAAGCGACACGGAAAGCAAAGACGACCCCUCGGAGGCCAACGACUCCUCCGGGAAGAUCUCCACCACCACGGCUGCGAUUGCCACCAACAGUAGCUCCUCGGGCUCCGGAGGAGGAGGAGACCCACGGGAGAAGAGCAGCCCCUCCAAAGUGACCCUCUUCCCCCCGGACUCGGCAGGCGGCAGAGGCAGCCGGGAGAGCGCCCCCAAGGCUCCCGCAGACUCAGCUCGCCACAGCCCGGCCACCAUCUCCUCCAGCACCCGGGGCCUCGGCGGGGAGGAGGUGAAAAGCCCCUCGAGGGAGGACUGCAGGGGCCUGGCCAAAGAGCCCUUCGCCCCGCUGACGGUCCAGACGGACAGCGCUGCCCACCUCGCCCACCAGGGCCACUUGUCCAACCUGGCGUUCUCCCAUGGCCUGGCCGGGGGGCAGCAGUUCUUCAACCCGCUGAGCAACGGGCACCCUCUGCUCCUCCACCCCAGCCAGUUCGCCAUGGGCGGCGCCUUCUCCAGCAUGGCCGGGAUGGGCCCCCUGCUGGCUACAGUCUCCGGGGCCUCGGCAGGAGUUACCGGGCUGGACAAUACGGUGAUGGCCACGGCGGCGGCUCAGGGAUUAUCCGGAGCGUCAGCGGCGGCUGCAGCGGCGGCGGCGGCUUUACCUUUUCAUCUGCAACAGCACGUCCUGGCCUCGCAGGGCUUGGCUAUGUCCCCCUUCGGAAGCCUUUUCCCUUACCCGUACACCUACAUGGCAGCCGCGGCUGCCGCCUCGACCGCAGCAACCAGCUCCGUCCACCGCCACCCGUUCCUCAGCGCGGUGCGCCCUCGCCUGCGCUACAGCCCUUACUCCAUCCCGGUGCCCUUACCGGACAGCAGCAGCCUUCUCACCACAGCCCUGCCCUCCAUGGUCGGCGGGGCGGAAGGCAAAGCGGGCGCCUUGGCAUCCAGCCCGGCCUCGGGAGCCUUGGACUCCGGCUCCGAGCUGAACAGCCGCUCUUCCACCCUCUCCUCCGGCUCGGCCGUCUCGCUGUCGCCCAAGGUCGACAAGGAAGCCACCAGCGAGCUGCAGAACAUCCAGCGUCUAGUGAGUGGCUUGGAAUCGAAAGGCGACAGAGCCCGGAGUGGGUCGCCCUAGAGGUGGGGAGAGGAGGAAGGUCCCCUCGCAGAAAAACUUCUCCAUCCCCCCACAGUCUCUGGGCUAGGGACCCUUCUUUUCCCUUCCCUCCCCCCAUUUCUCUGGCCUCCUGCUAGAACUCGCCACUGCCGCUCCCACCUCUGAGUGGGACUGACCAGGCAAGGUUUUGUCCUGGAGGUUGCAGGGGGCGGGCGGGGAGCGGGGAGCCUGGAGGCCGCUAACCGGACAGAGGGGGGAGAGAGAGGUCGCUCUUGGAAGCUGCUAUUGUGAACCAGACUGUGGUGUCCACUGGAGGGGCGGUGGUGCGCACGUGGGGUCAGCGGAUCCUGGGGAGAGGUGACCCCCAUGGCCUCCCUCCCUUGUUUGUUUCUACCCCUGUCGACACACAACAAACGGAGAUGAAAGGAGAAGACACCGAGGAGUGAUCCCCGGUGUGUCCCGCCCCCCCUUGCUCCCCUUCAAACGGAGAAAUGACUUUUUGCAUAUCAGUUCAAGCCUGACCACGGCCCAUGUCAAUCUUUGUUAAAAGAGGGGCGUGUCCCUUUAAUACUCGAGUGACGUCUGUCAGCCUCUGUAAGGCUCUGUUUGCAUGUUCCAUUCUAAGCCUCAUUAUUUUGGAGUUUUUUUUUAAUUAAAAAAAAUUGCUUGCUUAAGUUCCAAGGGACUUUUUUUUUUAACCCUCCCCCUCCCCCAAGUUUAUUCUCCACUUCUUCCCUUAGGAACAAUUUAAAAUGUAGUUGGAAAGAUGAUAAUUUUUUUAAAGGGCCGUAAUUUCCUUGAAGCGGUUCCCCACUCCCUCUCCCCCCACCUUUUACUGUAUAUGCAAUAACAAGGUUUAUAAACAUAAUAAGGAAGAAAAAAGAAAGGAAGAAAGAAGUGGACACUAUGGAUAAAGUAUUUAUGUAAUUGAUGGAUAACUUGUAAAUAAGUGGCAUAUGAGUACUCGAAAUUAAAAAAUUAAUUUAUUGAUAUUGUACAUAUGUCUGUAAAUAAGGCCUGACGCUGUCUUCUUUUAUCGUUUUCUUUUUCUCUCCAGUUGCUUUCAUUUAAAAUAAAAUUAAAUAAAAUCCCUUGAA